AUGGCGAAUCACGACGAACCGAAGAUAAGCGAUGGGCAGGCAGCCUGCAGCUCACGUGCCGCCGCUGAUCGGAGAAGCGUCGGCGGCGGGGGUUGCAACAGGGAGAGGAUGGAGAGGCACUGGGAGGAGGUGGCGGGUCGGGUCACGGUGCCGGAAGAAUGGGGCCACGAGGGCGUGCUGGAUGAGUGGGUGGAUUGCUCUACGUUCGACGAGCUUUUGGCGCCACACGGAGUCGUUUCGGCUCGCCGGGCGCUCGUUCGAGAUCAAGGCGGCCGUCGCGGGUGUCGCCGGUCAGCUGAUCCGAUGCCGCCGCAGCCGGCGGCUCCGUUGGCGUCGUUGGAUGCGGAUCCUUGCCGUCGUCGACGGUUGGGCGUUUGA